AUGACCGGCAGUGUUACGCACUUGGGCAGAGAUUCCUUUGCCACUGUGGAGCGUGACCUGCUGGCGACACGGCCGCCACGUCCUGGUCCCCAGCUGCAUCUGGGGGCGUGGGGAGUGUGGGGGGCGUGGGAGUGUGGGGGGCGUGGGUGCGUGGCGGGUGUGGGGGGCGAGGGAGCCGUGGGGGGCGAAGGGGGUGUGGGGAUGUGGGGGUGUGGGGGCGUGGGGGCGAGGGGGCGAGGGGGGCGUGGGGGCGAGGGGGCGUGGGGCCGUGGGGGCGUGGGGGCCGUGGGGGCGUGGGGUGUGGGGGGGCGUGGGAGCGUGGGGGUGAGGGGGCGUGGGGGCGUGGGGCUCGAGGGUCAUGGGGGACGUUGGGGCGUGGGGCUUGGGGGUGUGGGGGCAGGGGCGUGGGGGUGA